AUGGCCAUGGUGCAAUGCCCACCGCCGGAAGCCCCCCGCCACGGAAAGGCGGUGUACACGUCCUGCGCUUACAACUCGGUGGUGUCGUAUGAGUGCAAGUACGGCUAUAGGCUGGUAGGCGAUGCGACCAGGCGUUGCGGCGCUGACAAAAAGUGGUCUGGGGCGCAGCCUAUGUGCAAAGAAAUCAAUUGCGGUCACCCGGGUCAACUGUGGAACGGAUGGCUGGAGAACAUCUCUUCGGGCACCGGCCUCGGCGCUUCUAUAAUAUUCCGUUGCCAGGAUGGAAUGAGGAUGGAAGGCAAUGGAUCGGCUAUAUGCCAGAGCGACGGCACGUGGAGCCACCCUUUGCCUAAAUGCUUGGCUCCGUGUGUAGUCCCCCACGUAUCCCAAGGAAGGGUGGUCAGAGUGGAGAAUAAGACGGGAGAUAACAAGACUCAGGAAUUCACGCAGAUAGUUGGAAGCUCGACCAUGGUACAGCAUGGUGAGGUGAUAAUAGUGGACUGUGAGAAAAACUACGAGUUUCCAUCCAACAACGUCGCGGUUAAUUGUAACAACGGCACCUGGACUCAAAUACCGCGAUGUCAACCAGCUCGAUGCAAAAAGAUGCCGAAAAACCCAAGAAAUGGAAUGGUGAUAGCGCCAAAGACAGAGCACGGCAUGAAGGCGAGAUUCCGUUGUAAGGAUGGAUUCGAGCUGAAAGGAAAUCCAAUUGUGGUUUGUUCCUUCGGUAACUGGAGUGGCGAGAAUCCACGAUGCGAGGAAGUUUUCUGCCCAUUUCCUGGAUACAUAGAAAAUGGAAAAGUACUGCUUGUGGGCAACAUGGGAUUAUACGAUUAUAGGCCGUAUGUCAAGAAGGUUGUAAACAAUAAGCAAAUCAUGUACGAAUGUGAAAAGGGAUAUGUGUUGUCAGAAGGCCCACCGGGUGCCACAUGUAUAGGAGGCCAUUGGAGUCCGAGGGAGCUACCAAAAUGCACACUUUACCAACACCCGCGGAUAAGAUGGAGCCGAAGACGAAGGUCAAUUCCGGAGCCUGAAAUCCGCCAUAGAAGGUCCGCCUAUCUCCGUCAAUACUACAACAGUCUUCGUAGACAAUCCGAGCCCAACCAGGAAUAUUUGAACCAGCUUUAUGACAAAUAUAACCACGAUACUCGGAAACCAACAUUGAGGCAUGCCAAUUUCAAACUUAUGAAGAAAUUCGAUCUUGAUUUGGAAGAGGAGGAUGAAAUGGUAGGAUCUGACGUUGAAAACGGUGGUGAAAAUUUCCCAACAGCUGUGUAUACUGUCUACAAUGUACACGGGGAACCUAUCGGUCACAGGCUUUAUUCAUAUCAACCUGUAUAUGAACCAGAAGAAGAAGAUAUAGUACACCACGACGAUGUUUCCGAAUAUGAAGAAUCUGAUGACUUCGAAAAUGAUUCUCCAUCUCACAUCACAAUCCUAAAAGGAGGACUGUUCCCCGAUCAUGAGUUGGCUUCUAAAAAUGAAAUCGCUGACGGUAUUAGCGCGUUAAAACAUCAAUACUUUGAAAGGUAUAUCGAUAAGCGACAUAAAAGGUUUUCUAAUCUAAAUAGCACAGUUGAUAAUAAAAAAGAAUUAGAUGUAGACCUGCAAAGCGCUGAAACUGGAAUUGUGGAAAGGACAACGGAAAGAAGUGGAACCAAACCGAGACUGAAACGUUAUAUCAAUACCGAAGAAAUGGAUACUGAAAUGUAUACUAUAAGUCCAAUAGCCAAAACUUCGGGAAUUUUACACGAAGUAUUAGACAUUUUGAAAGUAGAACCACUGAAAUCUCGAAAUGAAACAUCUAAUGAGGUUUUUGAUAAGGAAAUUGCAGUAAUACCGUUACAGUACAGUAGAACUAAUUCAACGGACGUUAAUAAUAUGUUAGACAAACGUGAUAAGAGAACUAGCAGAAAAACGGACAGAUUGAAUCAAACCACAGCAAGUGUUCCAAAGACUGGUCGAGAGAACAAGGGCACGACUAGUUCACAGUCGGAAAACUUAACUGAAGGCGAGUCUAGCGCUGAUAAUAAAAACGGAACUGAAGGUAAUAAAACGGAGAACGGAGAGCGGGGGAAGAAGGGGCGACCGAAAAGCCCCUGUGAACCAAUCGAAAGCGAGCCGUACAUCAACAUUGAAAUCGUAAAGUACGGACGUGAUCCUAACAACACGUUUAGUUCUGGGACCAUUGUUAGAGUAGCUUGCGGGAAAGGUUAUGGAUUAAAUUUGGAUGCAAACGCCACCGCAAAAUGCGUACGGGGAAGAUGGAAACCCGAGAAACCUAAAUGUGAAAUCCUUCCGUGCCAUGUGCCAACUACCGAAUAUGGCAUUUACACUAUGGCACCAGACGGUAGUCAGUCUACGGGGCAGAUAAAUCUGGGCCUCAAUCACGGAGAAGAUAAAGAGCUGAACGAGACAGAUCCAGUUCCAAAUGGCCAAGUAGUUCACUUUUCCUGUGAAUACGGCUACAACGUGCAAGGACCAACCAAUCUCCGAUGCUGGUUAGGCGAGUGGGCAGUCACCAGCAUGCCAGAAUGCGUUGCAGCUCCCUGUGAGUUACCUCUGCUGCACGGUGCCACUUACGAAGCCGGCUACAGAGCUGGUCUGACAGUGGCACACGCUUCGUCGGUGGAUAUAUCCUGUGAACCUGGAAGAUCACCACCAGCAACUUUGAAUUGCCACUUGGGUAGGCUACAACCCACGGUCCACGAUUUCUGUAGGCCUCUAGCAAAUUUAACUCGACCAAGGCCCACGUCAGAGUAUCAAAGUGGCUCCGACAUCGUGCGAGAAGAUAUUUCACAACUAGAACCAGAUCUGCACGGAAAACCAGUCUUAGAAUGCGGACCACCGGCUAGGGUGCAAGGAACGUUAGUUUAUCGUGACGGCGCCGAGGUUGACGGAUCUCUGGGCAUGGAGGGCUACCCUCAUGGCACAGAAAUUACCUUUAGAUGUAUAGCCUCUAUUAUGGGCGAGAAAACCACUUGGAAACUGAUCUGCGAGCACGGCGAUUGGGUUGGCAAGAGUUUUAAUUGCGAGGAAUUGGAAGCACAGAGCGAAGAACUGCUGAAUAACAACAGCUGCACAUUCAGGAAUGAGGAACCACAUGUAGUAUCAUUCUUCAAUGAUCUGGAAAUCACGGAAACCGUUGAUUUCCCCCCGGGUACCUUAAUAAUUUCCAGGUGCAGUGACAUAGGCAAGUAUGCUAUGACGGGCUCGCAGUCACGCAAAUGCAUCGGCGGGACGUGGGACGGCGUCAAACCUACUUGCUUCGGACUGAACCAAGAGAAUGAUUACGCCAUGGAGAAGCCUCCCACUAUCCUGUUCAGGCACUCGCAGGGCCCCAUCGCUCAAACCAACGACGGCAAGCUCCUGGUGUACCCUGGCACGGUGCUCCACAUGGAGUGCCUCUGGAUGAGGAGGUUCGGCAACCCCAAGUGGAACGUCACACAUUUUGUCCCCGACCCCGACCGCAAAUAUCAGGAGGGCUGGACAACAGACCCUGGACGGGACAGCCAGUUGGAGUACCGGCUCAGCAUAUUGGGCGCCGUGAAGGAGGACUCUGGAAUAUACAGGUGUGAGACACCAGCGAGGCAGAGCCACCAGGUCGAGAUUAUAGUUGAAGACGUUCACUGCCCACCACUGCCCAUCAGAAGGGGCCUCGUUGCCAGCGAGCUUGGCACCCGUCUUGGCACCGAGAUCAGGUUCUCGUGCGCGAAUGGCAAUGCCCUUCUCGGCGCCCACGUCCUCACUUGCCGCGCGUCUGGCAACUGGAGUGCACCCCUGCCAGUUUGUGAAAGUGUCGAAUGCGGGGACGUGGUGCUCGAUGGUCCCCUGAACGAGGGUGAGCGCCGACCGCGCGUGACAGUGGUGUCGCGAGGAGUUGGGGGUCGGGCAGCCUUCUCCUGCCCGCCAGGGUGGGCGCUCAACGGGGCCUCAGAGACGGUCUGCCUGCCGGCAGCCGACUGGGCUAAGCCCUUCCCCGUCUGCAGAGAGGUGUCCUGCCCGGCGCUGCCGCCGCCCGCCUCCGGCUACGUGCUGGGGCGGGCGCCGUUCAGGGCUGGCGACGUGCUGCAGUUCCACUGCAACCCGGAGCACACGCUGAACGGGCGGCCCAUCCUCGUGUGCCAGGACAGCGGUCGGUGGAGCGAUAAGCCGCCGACUUGUGCCCAAGCGUGCACAUAUCCCGGAACGACUAUAUCAGGGCGAAUGUCCUCCGUGAAGUUCUACUACAAAAUUGGGGAGACGGUGUCUUUCACGUGCGAGCCAGGAUACAGGAUCAAGGGAGCGCCGAUGCUGCGGUGCCUCAAGAACAGGAAGUGGUCGAACGCUAUACCGCUGUGCACCCCCGUCGCCAACUACACCGCGUCCGACUCGCUGGCCAUGCUCAAUGUGGACAUCGACGCCAUGUUGUCGGAUGACGCCGUCUUGGUUCCGGACAUUUUGCGGACGCGCGUCACGCCCGCCAUUUUGACGCGGGAAAGCUACAAGGCGGCGGUGACCCGCGCGGCGGCUACGAGGCUUUUGCGCAUGGCGCCAAUAGAGACAUAUAAGAACAGGAUCUCGAGGGUCAACAGGCUGCUGCGCAGGGAUUCCAAGAGA